AAACGAGUUGCGCAUGCGCAAGGAGGGCUGCAUGCAUUACUUUGGAGGUCCAUCCAUACCCGUCCUAUCGGUCUGCAGACCCAACAAGUCCAGAAACUCCUGACCGUCCAGGUGCAGCAGAGCUUUGACGGGAGUCCAGAGUCGAGAGUCAACUCAACAAACUUCAGAGGGAGUCGCGUGCUGGAGCCAGGAGCUGCGCACAUGGCGGUGGUGAGGUUUUACAGCAGCGAAGCUCCGGACGGACGGGCCUUGCAGAGAGCAGCAAAACUCUUCCCACAUCUGACCCUCACAACAGAGCUGUGCUACAAUGUGGAGCUGACAGGUCGUGAGAGUCUCAGUGCUGAGGAGAAGGAGGUUCUCCUCUGGUUGUUUCGUCCUCCGCUGCAGGCUGAGCCGCUGUCGGAGAACCCAAACCUCAUAGAGAGCAGUGAGGAGAAGCUGGUGGAGAUUGGACCCAGGUUGAACUUCUCCACAGCCUGGUCCACCAACGCCGUGUCCAUCUGCCGCAGCGCCGGCCUCACUAACGUCACCCGAGUUGAGGUGUCUCGCAGGUUUCUCGUCAAGCCCAAGAAUGGAAAAGGAACAGGAGAGCUCAGCGGCGACAUGAAGAAACUGAUCGACUGUCUGCAUGACAGCAUGACGGAGUGUGUCUACCAUCGUCCCAUCACCUCCUUUGCUGUGGAAACCAAACGGCAACCUGUGUUUGAGGUGGACAUCCUGGCAAAAGGUCGUGCUGCCUUGGAGAAGGCCAACGACGACCUGGGUCUGGCCUUUGACUCCUGGGAUUUGGACUACUACACAUCAAUGUUCCAGCGAAUUCAAAGGAACCCCACCAGUGUGGAGUGUUUUGACCUGGCGCAGUCCAACAGCGAGCACAGCCGGCACUGGUUCUUCCGCGGGCGCAUGCUGAUCGACGGGCAGGAGCAGAAGGAGACUCUUUUCAGCCUCAUAAUGGACACCCAGCGGCACAGCAACCCCAACAACGUCAUCAAGUUCUGCGACAACAGCAGUGGUAUUAAAGGUGUGGAGAUUGAGUGUGUUUACCCUAAAGAUCCUUCCAGAGCAAGUCCAUACGAGACCCGACUCUCAUUAAGACACGUCAUUUUCACCGCAGAGACGCACAACUUCCCAACAGGCGUGGCUCCAUUUAGCGGUGCCACCACCGGAACUGGCGGCCGCAUCAGAGACGUUCAGAGCGCCGGGCGUGGAGGACACGUCAUCGCUGGAACUGCAGGAUAUUGCUUUGGAAAUCUGCACAUACCAGGGUAUGAACUCCCCUGGGAGUCUGCAGGAGAGGAAUGGGAGUAUCCCUCCAGCUUCGCCCCUCCCCUGCAGGUGGCCAUCGAGGCCAGCGAUGGCGCCUCAGACUAUGGCAACAAGUUUGGAGAGCCUGUCCUAUCAGGUUUUGCCCGCUCUUUCGGCAUGCGCUUGCCGAACGGGGAGCGGCGCGAGUGGAUAAAGCCAAUCAUGUUCAGUGGCGGCCUCGGGUCCAUUGAAGACUCGCACGUUAAGAAAGAAGAGGCCAGUCCCGGAAUGGAGGUGGUGAAGAUUGGAGGGCCGGUGUACCGGAUUGGUGUGGGUGGAGGAGCGGCCUCCUCCGUUCAAAUCCAAGGGGACAACUGCAGUGAGCGGGAUCUGGGCGCCGUCCAGAGAGGAGAUGCUGAGAUGGAGCAGAAGAUGAAUCGAGCUCUCAGGGCGUGCUUGGAAAGAAGUGAUGGAAACCCCAUCUGCAGCAUCCAUGAUCAGGGGGCAGGGGGAAAUGGUAAUGUGCUGAAGGAGCUCAGUGAGCCAGCCGGCGCUGUGAUCUAUAGUAGUAGAUUUAAGAAAGGUGACCCCACACUGAGCGUGCUGGAGCUGUGGGGGGCGGAGUACCAGGAGAGCAACGCUCUGCUGCUGCACCCGUCAGACAGGUCCUUCCUGGAGAGCGUGUGCCAGAGGGAGAAGUGUCCCGUUGACUUUGUGGGAAACAUCACCGGAGACGGAAAAAUUGUGCUGGUGGAUGAUGAGGGUGGCAGCAAUGAUCAGGUGGACUCUGUCCGCCAUCCCGUCGACCUGCAGCUGGAGUGGGUUCUGGGGAAAAUGCCGCAGAAGGAGUUCAGGCUGGAACGAGUGGCUCUCGCGUGUCAGCCUUUGAGACUUCCUGCUGGCCUCUCAGUCAGAGAUGCUCUACAGAGGGUUUUGCGUUUGCCCUCCGUGGCCUCCAAACGCUACCUGACCAACAAGGUGGACCGGUCUGUGACUGGGUUGGUUGCCCAGCAACAGUGCGUCGGUCCUCUUCACACCCCAUUGGCCGACGUGGCCGUUGUUGCUCUGUCACCGUUCAGUCUGGAGGGAGCAGCGACGGCCAUAGGGGAGCAGCCAAUUAAAGGACUGGUGUGUCCUGCAGCUGGGGCUCGUAUGGCUGUCGGAGAGGCUCUGACUAAUCUGAUGUUCGCUAGAGUCACAGCACUGAAGGACGUGAAGUGCAGCGGUAACUGGAUGUGGGCUGCCAAACUGCCCGGUGAAGGAGCAUAUCUGUGGGAGGCUUGCAAAGCCAUGUGCAAGGUGAUGAGUGAGCUGGGGGUCGCCAUCGACGGGGGCAAAGACUCUCUGAGCAUGGCGGCGAGAGUCGGAAAGGAGACAGUCAAGGCUCCAGGUGCCCUGGUGAUCUCAGCAUAUGCGGUUUGUCCUGACAUCUCUGCCACCGUCACGCCUGAUCUCGAGGAUCCCGAUGGAAAAGGGGUGCUUCUGUGGGUACCUCUCAGUCCAGGUAACCAUCGCCUGGGAGGCUCCGCCCUCGCUCAAUGCUACGGGCAGCUGGCAGACUGCUCCCCUGACCUGGACCAUGCCGAACUGUUGACUGCCUGCUUUAGCACAACUCAGACACUCCUGCAGGAUCGUAUAGUGAGUGCUGGACAUGACAUAAGUGAUGGAGGUCUCAUUUCCUGCUUGCUAGAGAUGGCAUUUGCUGGAAACCGGGGAAUUGACAUUGAGCUGUCCUCACAAGGAAGUGAAGUCAUGGAGCUGCUGUUUAGCGAGGAGCUUGGUGUGGUCCUGGAGGUUUCAGAGUGUGAUGUUGAGGCUGUUUGUCAGAGAUACAGCGAUGCAGGUGUGCAGUGUCAUAGAAUUGGCAGGACCUGCGGCUUUGGACCAAAGGCUGAAGUCAGAGUCUGUGUGGAUGGACAGGAGGUCCUUAAGGAGUCCCUGCCUGAGCUCAGAGCAGCAUGGGAGGACACAAGCUUCCAGCUGGAGUGCCUCCAAGCCAAUGAGCUGUGUGUUAAACAAGAAGAGGAGGGGCUUGCCAAGAGGACACAGCCGUACUUUCAACUGAAUUUUGACCCAUCUGAAAGUCCCAGCGUUCGCCGGCUUGCUGGUGGGCCUCCACGUGUAGCUGUGAUUAGGGAGGAGGGCAGCAAUGGAGAUCGAGAGAUGUCAGCCUCUCUUUAUAUGGCCGACUUUGAGGUUUGGGAUGUCACCAUGCAGGAUUUGUGCUGUGGUUCCUUAACGCUUGAGCUUUUCAAAGCCGUCGUAUUUGUUGGUGGAUUCAGCUACGCAGAUGUUCUCGGAUCAGCUAAAGGUUGGGCUGCAGCUGCUACUUACAACGCCAAAGCUAAAGCUGAGUUUGAUCGGUUUCAACAAAGAGAAGACACGCUGAGUCUGGGCGUGUGUAACGGCUGUCAGCUACUCGCCCUUUUAGGGUGGGUGGGGGAGACGGCGGAUGGAGCAGGCUCUGAGGUGGUGCUGACCCAUAAUCGCUCUGGCAGGUUCGAGUCGCGGUUUGUGAGUGUUGGGAUUCAGGAGUCUCCGUCCAUCUGGCUCAGAGGCAUGGAGGGCUCCGCUCUGGGAGUCUGGGUCGCUCAUGGAGAAGGUCUAAUGCAAUUCCGGAGCUCCAUGGCACAAGACCUGAUCAUUUCCGGUGGACUCGCUCCUCUCCGCUACCUGGAUGAGCAGGGAUUCCCCACCGAGGAGUAUCCCCUGAACCCCAACGGCUCCCCGCAGGGUGUGGCAGGGCUGUGCUCCAGGGAUGGGAGGCACCUGGCGAUGAUGCCUCACCCUGAGCGCUGCACCCUGAGCUGGCAGUGGCCCUGGGCCCCAAGGGAGCUUCGGCCUUCUCUGGUGCCGUCGCCGUGGCUUCGCAUGUUCAAAAAUGCAGCCGCGUGGUGCAGCAACACAGAUGUAUAAUGCUGGAUUUACAUUAACUAAAUGCUGUGAAAGUGUAAUGUAAUCGUGAGGAUUAUUCAAUACACUUGUUAAAAAUGG